AUGGACAGACCUUCUUCCGUGCUCUCCUCCUUCGGCGGAGCCUCGCCGUCGGCCCCAGAGCAGGCCGCCGCCGUGUCCGCCCUCUUCAUCUACCCCAUCAAGUCUUGCCGCGGGAUAUCCGUCCCCCAGGCAUGCAUCUCCUCCACAGGUUUGUUCUCAUCAUGGCGCGACUGUGCUCUCUCUCUUUCUCUCUCUCUCUCUCUCUGUGUUCACUCUGCGUCUCUUCCUCUUUGAUUCGAAAGAGUUAUUUAUGACGCAUAUUGUCCCUGCCGAGACUUUGGAUUCAGAUCAUCGUUGUUUUCUUUCACCGGAGUGACUCUGGAGGAAUUUCUGCUGCUGUUGUAAAUUUGGAGUAGUCGACGUUGGCGGCCGGGGUGUGCGCAGAUGGAUUCCAAUCCAUGGCUACAUUUCCGAGGAUAGACUGUUUAGGCCAACACUGUUCUGGUUUUUUUGCCUCGUGAAAAAUUCAUGUACUGCAGACAUUAACACGAACUGUAGGAUCUGAACGAGUCAUAAUUUCUUUGCGGUGAACGAGGAGCACAAGAAUAAAGAAGAUGGACAACGAUGAUUCAUGAUAUCAUAUGGCGAUUGCAGACGGAUUUUUCUAUCAGAAGAAGACGAGUGAUGAGACAUUGCAUCACCAGGGUCUGUCGCAAGCUUAUUUCUGUAGUACUUGAUUUUAGGAGAACCCAAAUUGGGCUAGGAUAACUUUGACGUGUAUCAAAAUUAGAAAAGAUAAAGUCAUGUAAAUAAAAAUCAAUAUAAUGAUCAAGGAACAUGAGGAAUAGCUUUUUAAUCGAAGAAAUAGAUAUAUAUUUUGGUUUUACCAUAAUUUUAUCGUCUGAUUGCGGUUUUUAGUUCGUUUAUCUAAAUUUUCACUGAUUCUAAUAAUGAUUCCUUUGUUGGAGGUGUAAUCAAUGAUUAUUACACAUCCGAUAGCUGAUUCCAUUAUUUUCUUAACAUGUGCCAUGCAAAAAGUUCGAUCACCAUGGAGAUAACUAUUUCUAGACUGUUUUGAAACUUUAGAGGUCAAAUGAUUGCAGACUAUUAUUCCCUUUGCAUCGGUUCAUGCCAAGGAGCCUUGAUCGUCUACUUUGUUCUAUAUAUUGACAUACUCUUCUAAAGUUAUAUCAAUUCAUGCUUUGAGAAAAAAAUUACCUGGUUAUUAAAAAACAAUGUGGCAAAGUGAUUCAUGUUUCCCAUAUCCACUAUUGUUCUUCUGACGUACCGACUUUGGCAGAUUCCAAUUCUUAUAUUUUUCAUAUAUUGACGUAUUUGAUCAAUUACAGAGACAUGCGACUAUUCGAAUGGUUCAUUGGAUGACUAUAUUAAUUACCCGCAUGUUUUAAUUAUUGGCUUGUCAUGAUUGGUUCAUGUAUCCAGCUGAAUCAUAGUUGUUGACCUUCUCAUAGAUUUUAUCAUCCAUCUUCAUUUCUUUCUUUUAUUUUACUUUUUAGGGUUCAGAUGGGAUAGACAAUGGAUGGUUGUAAAUUCUAAGCGAAGGGCGUUAACACAGAGAGGCCAGCCCAAGCUUGCACUUGUUGAAGUGGAGUUGCCGGUGGAAGCGUUUUCUGAUGGCUGGGAGCCAGAUGAGGGGUCAUUCUUAGGUAAACUGGCCUUCAUUUUUAUUGUCCCGCUGAUCUUCUAAGUUGUGCACAGAAGUUCAUGCCAACUAAAGCCAAGGCAUCAUGAAUUAGUAGCUGGAAGAAAAUUUUCUUUUGAAGCGAUGCCAAUAAAUCUAAGUUGGGAAUGUUCAGGAACAAGGACAGUUUCUUUUAGAACUCCUCAUACUCUUGAGUUGAAUCUUUGCGGCAAAAUUUUAGGGAGAAUCCUUAGUUGAUAAUUUAAUGGGAAAAUUUUAAUAUCUACUUUAUUAUUUUAUCUGAAGAGGGUGUAAAUUCAUGGGGAGCCCACAUGGGUCAAUCAUGCUUCCUUCCUAUAAUUUAUUGACGUGAUACUCUAUAUACCUUGGGUCACUGCAUCCUCUCCGUCUCUGAGCUUUUGCUGGAUUUUUUAUUCCUCUGUAGAUACAUUUCACAGAAAAUGCUUUAUUAUUGCAUGAUUUAAUGGCGAAUAAAUGAAAAUUGAGUAAUGCAUUGUGUGAUUCUUGUGGUAUCCCAAAGAGCUCUUGUUCUAAAUCUAUUUGUUUAAUUACUCCGGUUUUGUGGUGUGCUUUUUGCAUCUGCACCAUGUAUGAAAAUAAUUUUAGAAACUAACACCAUAUUUUUGGAUGUAAUCAAUUGAAGGUCCAUCAGAUGUAUUUGCUUCAAUGCAUCAUGUUUUUUUCCCUAAAAUGUUUAUCAGUUCAGCGAACUGUAAAAUAUGAAUCUCUGAAGACUCUCCAUUCUUCCUCUCAUUCUUUUACUACGUACAGGCUAUAGGCAUUUAAAUCUCCAUUUUCUUAAUGAAACGUCCUACUAUUUCUUCGAAAAACAGAAAUUGCUUUUAUUUUCUUAAAUGUGUUCCUGCUCCGAGAUGUGAUUAUCCGUCUCUAAUUUAUUUUCUCCAAUGGUUUUUUUUACUUUAGUUUUUUUUUUAAAAAAAUUAUUCCAUCUUUUGGCUAAUGUUAGAAUAUAUGGUUAACGCUGUAAUUCAUCUCUAAUAGUCAAGUUCUCGUUGUUUUUCAGUAAUUAGGGCCCCAGGAAUGCAUGCGCUGAAGGUACCACUGAAGAAAACACAUGACGUAGUUGAUGGUGCUUCUGUGUGGGAGUGGUCUGGUUCUGCCCUGGAUGAAGGUGCUGAAGCAUCUGAGUGGUUUUCAAACUACCUCGGGAUCCCAUGCCAACUCUUGCGGUUCAACUCAGGCCAGUCUCUUAUCUAUCCCUUUUUUGCCCAUCAUUUUUUAAUAUUAUUUCUUGCAUUGACAGAAAAAAAUGUGUUGAAUUUCGUUUUUUAUAUAUGUUCACUGGAACUUGGUCUAUCUAGAUAUUUUUAGGAUGAGGCUCAAACGGAAAACAUGAAAUUAGGUCAGAUCACCCUGGGCAAGGCUCACUUAAGGUCUUAUUCGAUUUAAACUACGAGGUACAACAGCCACAUAAGGUCUUGUGGAUCCAUUAUCAUCAGGCCAUGGUCUAAGAAGCCGUUAGAAGUAAGGUUCACAUUUUUUCGUGCAGGAUAAUUAUUUUCUAAUCGGGAUAAUGAGCCGUAAUUAAGAUUAGAUCCUUAGCGCCACUAAUAAUGGGUAUAACCAUUGGAUAGAUAAAGGCUUUGUUCUUCUUUUUUGUGACUUCCGGACUUUUUUUAUUGGACUUGAGUUUCUUCAGCUGGGGUAGGCAUAAGCUUCUUUGGAGUAAGUCAAAGGGGUUGACUCGUGCGGGGGUGUAACACCUAGCCCUUAUCUUCUUGGAGUAGACUCAUAUUUUGAAAGGCUGAACUGAGAUCUUAAAAAUGAAAAUGCCAGUACUUUUUCUGCUUGCUGCUUUAUAUUUCUAUCCAUUCCUUUUAUGUCGAGACAUUAAAAGACAAAACCAAGUUUACUUUCAAGGUAUGUAUAGUUUUUUAAUGAUAUUUUCUAUGAUGAAAUAAUAUGACAGCUUCUGACGUCAGGCCCGUGGAUCCCAAUUAUUCUCCUGGACACAAAACAAUGUUCUCUGAUGGGUUUCCAUUUUUGCUGAUCUCCCAGGUUGCUUAUCAACCCAUUCACUUUGCUUUCUCAUUCACUUUAAGAAAGAAAAACGUCACACGGUUUCAGUAUCCUUUUGUGGCCAGGGUUCACUGAAUGCACUAAAUCAGCGCCUCGAAGAUCCAUUGCCGAUAAACCGUUUCAGACCAAAGUGGGUUUGGUUCUCUUUACUUGUCAUCGCACAAAGUCAACUCAUUGUCAUGAAAUUCUAGAUUAUCAGACAGAGAAUGAUUUUUCAUGGUUUACGAUCAUAGUAGAGUAUGGUCUUGAUAUAUUUAUCUUCCCUGUUUGCUUUGAAAUGGGCCACCAGAUUUGUUUCCUAAUUAUGGUAAUGGCCGAUCUUUAAUAUUCAUCGCAUAAAGUCAACUCAUUGUCAUAAAAUGCUACAUAAUCAGACAGAGAAUGAUUUUUCAUGGUUUACGAUCAUGGUAGAGCAAGCUCUUGAUAUAUUUAUCUUCCCUAUUUGCUUUGAAAUGGGCCAUCAGAUUUAUUUCUAAUUAUGGUUAAUGCCCGAUCUUUACCAAUCAAAUCUGCAUAGUUUCUUUUCUUACAUCCGGAGAAGAUUAUCGCAACCAACUAUAUGCCAAUAUUUUCUACUCAUGAAUGUGUUGAGAAUACAUACACAAUAGGGAUGAACCCUACAUGCGCUUUCCCAUAAUACCCUUAGUCUUUUACAAUAUUAUCCUUAGACCUUCUAACAGAAGGUAGACUAAACUCCUAUACCAUCUCCAUUUGGAUCUUGCAGCAUCCUCAUUGAUGGGUGUGAACCGUUCUCCGAGGACCUCUGGACGGAGCUGAAAAUAAGCAAGCUGGAGUUUCACGGUGUAAAGCUCUGCUCUCGCUGUAAGGUGGGUACAUUCAUGGCCUCAUGUUCUUCAAGAUUAUAAUUUAUCUCCUCUUAUUUUAUUUUUUAUUUUUUUUCUAUCUUUCUGCAUUUAAUUGUGGAAAACCUCAAUCUGUCUCUUUUAUGGUACAAUCGGGGAUUCUAAAUUGCGAAUUAAUUGAGAAAAAAAUUGAGAUGUAUUUUCUGAAAUUUCUGAAAUUCAGAUAAUUGAGAAAAUAUAUCCAUCGCUUUUAUGCUAAAAUUUUUCUUCUCUGACUCUGUUAAUUUCUUCCUUCACAGUGUGAACCCACCUGUCAUGAUUUGACGGGUGAUUAUGCUAUUUUUAGGUCAAAUUUUUCAUCGGAGAGUCAAACAUUUGUGGGGUCCAUUUACUCAAUCUGCAUGAACACAUCCGUCGUAAUCUGAUUGUGGAACUCAAUUUUUUAUAAGAUUAUGCUUCUUUCUCUUGAUCGUAUUUUCAUUUUUGAAGUGGUUUUUAUCUGUUGAAGAUAUUAUUUUUCGAGGAAAGCACCUCGGAAGAGAUUAAUUAUGUACAAUUUAGCUUCUGUCUUUACUAUUUUUGGGCGUUUUUUAUUUCUUGUAGAUGACCACGAUUAACCAGGAAAAUGGAGUCUCAGGCGUUGAGCCUAUUGAAGCGCUCUUGAAGUUUCGUUCAGAUCGCAUCUUACGUCCUGGCAAUAAUCCCAAGGGAAAGGUAAUUUCUGCCCCCAGAACCAUGUUAAUUUAUGGUGCUUCCCAACUUCAUCACAUAGAGAGAGAGAGAGAGAGAGAGAGAGAGGGUGUAGACAUCGGGCCCGGCCUAUUUGGAUCUGUGCCCGUUGACACCUUUUGGGUCAUCAUCCUAUACGCGUUGACUUUGGGGGGGGGGGGGUAGAACAGUAGAGCUGACUUCUUGGAGCUUUGCAGGUAUAUUUUGGGCAAAACCUCGUCUGCAAGGAGUCCCUCUCAUCUGGGAAUGGGCACAUCGUCAAGGUCGGAGACCCUGUUUAUGUCUUCGGAAAGGUCUCCUCUCCUGCCCAUGCGGCUGUCUGA